ACCGCGCACUCCGCUCCGUCUUUUUGCUGUCACGGUGCCACUGGGAAGAGGAGGCUCCGACGGAACUGCCGCGCGUCAGGGACACGACCACGUUAUUAGCGACAAGCCGCCGCGGGCGAUGACACUGGCACCUUGAGGAAGGAAUACACGACAAAGACGCAAAAAUGACGGUGGACUUUGAAGAAUGUAUCAAGGAUUCGCCCCGGUUCAGGGCCGGCAUUGAUGAUGUGGAGACAGACGUGGUGGAGAUUGAGGCAAAGCUGGACAAGCUGGUGAAGCUGUGCAGCGGUAUGAUCGAGGCCGGCAGGGCUUACGUCAGCGCCAACAAGCUCUUUGUUAACGGCAUCAAGGACCUGUCCCAGCAGUGCAAGAAAGAGGAAAUGAUAUCGGACUGCCUUGAAAAGUGUGGAGGACGCCUACAGGAGAUCGUCAACUACCAUAUGAUUUUGUUUGACCAGGCUCAGAGGUCAAUCAAGCAGCAGCUUCAUGCUUUCAUUAAAGAUGACGUGCGCAAGUUCAAGGAUACCAAGAAGCAGUUUGAUCGUGUGCGAGAGGACAUGGAGCUGGCUCAGGUGAAAAAUGCCCAGGCUCCCAGGAACAAGGUCCACGAGGCAGAGGAGGCCACACAGGCUCUCGUCCUCAGCCGGAAAGCAUUCAGGCACCUAGCCCUGGACUACGUGCUGCAGAUUAAUGUGCUUCAGGCCAGGAAGAAGUUUGAAAUUCUUGAUGCGAUGCUGUCCUUCAUGCGUGCCCAAUACACUCUUUUUCAACAAGGCUUCAACAUUCUGGAUGAGAUUGACCCAUAUAUGAAAAUGCUGGCUGCCCAGCUGGAUCAGCUUGUCAUCGACUCGGCAGUGGAGAAGAGGGAGUUGGAACACAAACAUGCCCUCAUCCAGCAAAGAACUCUGAUGCAGGACUUUUCCUACGAUGACCCCAAGUUGGAGUUCAAUGUGGAUGCCCCCAAUGGUGUGGUCAUGGAGGGCUACCUCUUCAAGAGGGCCAGUAAUGCUUUUAAGACCUGGAACAGGCGAUGGUUUUCCAUACAGAACAGCCAGCUGGUCUACCAAAAGAAACUUAAGGACUCUUUGACAGUGGUGGUGGAGGACCUGAGGCUGUGCUCCGUCAAACCGUGUGAAGAUAACGAGAGGAGGUUCUGUUUUGAGGUGGUUUCACCCACCAAGAGCUGCAUGCUUCAGGCUGAGUCAGAGAAGUUGAGGCAAGCGUGGAUCCAAGCGGUCCAAGCAAGCAUUGCCUCAGCUUAUAAAGACAUCGCUGACAACUACUACAUCGAGCGCCUGGAUCGCACAGCCUCGCCCUCCACCAGUAGUAUCGACUCAGCAAACGAGCCCAGAGACAGGGGGGAGAAGGUGGAUAAAGGAGUUCGGGCAGGGGGUGAAGGCCUCCUUCAGAGGGUGCAGAAUCUCCCAGGCAAUGAAUUGUGUUGUGACUGCGGCCAGAGCGCUCCCUGCUGGGCCUCCAUCAACCUCGGAGUGCUGCUGUGCAUCGAGUGCUCAGGGAUCCACAGGAGUCUCGGAGUCCAUUGCUCUAAAGUGCGUUCACUGACUCUUGACUCAUGGGAGCCAGAACUACUCAAGCUGAUGUGUGAGUUAGGGAACACUGUGAUCAAUCAAAUUUAUGAGGGAGCCUGUGAGGAUCUCAGGGUGAAAAAACCCGGACCAUCCAGUACAAGACAGGAGAAGGAAGCCUGGAUUAAGUCCAAAUAUGUGGAGAAACGUUUCCUAAAGAAGAUAAGUGGGAGCGAGACGUUGGUGGAAGGUGAAAGGAAGUCGCGACCGUGGACCGUCAAGAGGUGCCAGCGACACAACAACUCAGUUCGAGUGCCGAACAAAGCCCGCAGGAAAUACCAUCGCUAUGAGCCUGGCAGUGCCUCACCUGCGAAUCUCUCAGCAGCAGCUGCAGCCAGGUUUCGCAGGGAUUCACUAUUCUGUCCAGAUGAGCUGGACUCCCUCUUUUCCUACUUUGACACGGGCUCUGGCCCUCGCAGUCUGAGCAGCGACAGCGGGUUGGGAGGAAGCACUGACGGCAGCACUGACAUCCUGGUGUUUGGCUCCGUGGUGGACCGUGUCACUGAAGAAGAAGCGGAAUCAGAGGAGUCCUCCAGUGGUGAGGUAGAAAUUGAACAGGAAGUACCUUCAGACCCAGAGGAUCCCAGGGAGCUCCACCCCGGUGCGUUGCUUCACCGCGCCUCCCGUCUGCACAACUUCCCCCUCAUGGCGGAGGCGCUGGCUCACGGCGCGGACGUUCACGCUCCAAGUGAGGAAGAGGAUGGAAAAACGCCACUCAUACAGGCUGUUAUGGGGGGCUCCCUGAUAGCUUGUGAGUUCCUGCUUCAGAAUGGAGCUGAUGUCAACCAGAGGGACAUGAGAGGGAGAGGCCCGCUGCAUCACGCUACCUACCUGGGACACACUGGCCAGGUGUGUCUGUUCCUGAAGAGAGGGGCGUCACAGACAGAGGUGGACGAGCAGGGGUACGACCCGCUCAGCAUCGCUGUGCAGGCUGCCAACGCGGACAUCGUCACCCUCCUGCGUUUGGCGCGGAUGAAUGAGGAGAUGCGAGAGGCAGAAGCCCCCCUGGGACAACCAGGUCAAUACCCCAGCACGAGCCCCACUGAGCAGCAGUAUAGGAAGUGCAUCCAAGAGUUCAUCUGCCUCACCAUAGAGGAGUUCUAGAGUCUCUAGCCGUAUAGUCCUCCUGUAGCUGCCUCUAGAUCACGGCUUAUGGGCAACGCAAUCCCCCUGAUGGACCUUUUCUAACUCUUGCUGACUAAACUGCCCCCAUGCACCUCUGAUUUUCUGCUAGAAUUCUGCUCACCAUGCCACACUAGCCACAUCAAGUCAAACGACAUCUGCUUGUUGGUUUUCUGCUAACAUCCUCUUUAACCUGUCAUGGGAGGCUGCGGGUGCUCUGUUGCCUGUCACUCCAUUAACCCGGACCAUGCCAUCUCUCCUCAGCCUGAGGUGUAAAUAGUCUCAUUUAGAUAUGGUUCACCAUUAUGAUGUGGCAUGACGCAAACAAAGAGCAGUUGUUUCAUUCAUUAAAGAACAAAAUUACCGUGCGUAUAAAGCGGUGUCAGGGAGGCAUAUACAACUGUGACAAAAAAAGACUCGAGGAGCUUUCAGGGGGAGAAAGCCUUGUCUGCUUUGUAGAGUGAGAGUUGAACAGUAUGCUAGUAUAAUACAUUUCUGUAAAACAAAAACAAACACUGGCAAAAAUGAAGUAUGGACUUGAUAUUUUCAUGUCAACCAGUUCCUAGCAAUUUUAUUUUAUUUAAAUCCCAAAAUAUAACGUUGGUCAAACUUAAUUCUUUAGUGUUUGGCUGACAAAAUACAAAGACUCUUUAGAGGGUGAUGCUCCAUCUCUUCCUGUCGUUAACUUUAAUCCCUUUAUUUCCCAAUGGUGGGCCAUGCAUUUGGUACGUAGGCCUCCAGUGGGGACUUACCCAAAUUAAUGCACCUCUUAAUACCACCAUUAUCACGUUGCAAUUGAUAGAAACCAUCAACACUAUACAAAAACUUAAUUUAACAGCACGCAACUGUGCCACGUACAUCACCUCGAGCAGUUCAGAAUCAAUAUUUAUCUAUAACAUGACAAAAACAUAAGAAAAAUUAAACAAGCUACAUCAUAUUUACCAUAGAAGCUGAUUAUUAAUUGAUUUAAGGUCCAUUUCCAUCAAAAUACUUUUUUUUUCUACUAUUUUAUGCCUAAUAUACAGUAGGUCAAAAUGAGUCUGUGACAUGGUUUGAGUUAGACAUCUCUAUGCGGUUUGUCAAUUAAAUGCAAAAGUCAAACGGCAUAAGGCUUGCAAAACGGGUGGAUUCGAAAUCGCCGUCAUUGUGACGUAGUUUAGUCAAUUAAUAUUUGAGUCUGAGCCCACUUCGUGGUUGCUACAGGCCCACUCAACUCAGCUGAACAGCAACACGGCAUUUCCGGGUUUUAAGUAAGCGAGUCAGCCAUACAAAUACAGUCCAUGUUGUGUUUUACAACAAUACUUAACUGUAGUUAUCUUUUUUUUUUUUUUUAUGUUUUUGUGUUGGAUGUAGCAACGAAGCUUGCAUUCAUUGCCACCAGCAAUGAUCAAAAUGAAAGCGGAUGACAAGCAUAACCUCAAAGUCUCUUUUAAUUUUCAUCCACGUCCGUUUUCAGUUCACGUUCCCUCAUAGUGGGCCAAAUAACAAUGUUUGGUGACUGUGCUUCAAAAUGAUAGUACUACAUCGAAGGAUGUGACGUCCCUAUUAAUGCUUGCCCGCCACAAGCUUCCAGACGCUAGUAGACAAUGGACCAAUCAGAGCCAAGCUUUUUUCCACAUUUAGAUUGGGAAAGAUGAGCAAUCCAAUCGGAGAAAAGCUUAUUUACAUGUUGCAUAUGAAUGAGAAAUACAAACGUCUCAACUGCCAGAGCAAAAAGACCUACCUGAAUAGCUUGAAAAAGGGCAUUCUGGGGAUUUCCAACCCAAAUUAUCUUGCAAACCCAAUAAGGGGAGAUUAUGGAAAGAUUAUUUGAAAGUUUGAUCAAAGGGAACCUUUAAAGUAUACAGAUUGCUACAGACAUGUUUUGCUCGUCAAGCGUGGCUUCCGCUGACCAACCAAUCAGAGGAUGGUAAAGUCUGUAGGAACAACAGAAAUUGUUCCAUUCCUACAGCGGCAAUGUAACUGAAUUUGUAAGUCAAAACAUAUCAUCAUCACAUCAUUUGACAAGAUUAUUACCUAAGAAAAGCUCCUCCUUUACUUCAACAUAGUUCCUUGACGCCAAGAUGCAGCUACAUGGCACCAAAGCAAUAUAUUUUGUUCGACAUGGCUUGGGCCUGAGCACAAAAACAGUGAAUAGGUGGGGUUUUCAGCAAAAAUCAGAGGAUCGGUUCCCAAAAAAUAUCCAAAUGGCAACUAUGUGGGUGUUCACUGUGAAGAGCUUUUAUUUAGAAUUACUAUAAUCAUAAAAAAAUGAAACUAUAGAAUUAACAAUCUCACUUUAACCCCAAUUUGUUUGUUACAUUAUCGUAUGCGGCUGCAAAAGCGACGAACUCCAGGAAGAGAUGUUAACGAGCGGUGGUUGACAUUAUAAAGAAAAGUUAAUGCUUCCUUUUUUUCGAGUGCUAAUACUGUGCACUUUUCCCACCUUCAGUAUUAUAAUUUUAUAAUAUUUUAGUUUGUUUUCAGGUACUCUUGUCUGUUUCUGUCUGUCUGUCUCUUGUUUGUCUUCCCAGAGGAUCCGUGCAAUGCAUUUGCUGAUGCAGUUUAUAAUAUUCUGUUAAUGAUUGUCAUUUUAGUCUUAAAAUAUUGCUUGGAAAUGAAAGUGUUAUGACAGUAUCUCCACAAUAGCAGUCAUAUAAUCCCUUUUCGUCACGCUUUUGGAAUGUGGAAAGGCCUUACAUUACGUUUGACUACAAUAACCAGCAUUUGAAUACAAUAACCAGCAUCUCUUUUUCUAAAAGAGAUUUUCUGAGUUUAUGGAAAUAUAUUUAGUUUAGUUUCAUUCAUUGUUGCAUUCAGUGGUGAGGAGGAGGUGAUAAACUGGUCAACUAUAAGCUUAGUGGUUGGGAUGUGGCAGUCAGGAAGUGCACCAUAAAAUGAUUUACAAUUCCCUUGAAAACAACUGUGCCGCUCACUGCCCUUUACUGAACAUUUACUUCAUGGCUAGAUAACCACACCUGCAUUUACUUGUAAAUACUCCUCCAAGUUACAAUAUCUAUAUCAAUGAGAUUAUGGAGCACAUUUUUCCUACAUGUUUACACACUUUGUAGACUCCAAUGCCUAAUAGCUGACAGUGUUCUCUGCAUGCUUUGUGGGCGAGUCAACAUGACUGCCGCUCCUAGCAUGCUCUGAUAUUUUUCUACGGUUUUGUUCACAUUGUGCAGUGCAGUCCUGUGGAUGAAGCAUGUACCAACAUGACCUCUCUGAUGUCACAGUCCAAAUCCUUUCCACAAGCAGUAAUUUCAUAUUUAUGUGGUUUUAAUUUCCUCUGCCAAAGACUUUUGAAGGGAAAGUGUCUGACCUUGUGUGGUAUUACAGGGUUUUUUUGUUUUUUGUUUUCUUCAAAGUGAAACUGUUUCUGAGUAGAUGCAGCCUCGUCUUACAAUGCUUUGUGAAGUGACAGAGUGGUAGAAACACUGUUGGUGUGCUCACAUGAUCAAAAACAGAACUGAGCUUCUCACAUGGCAAUAGUUACAGACUGCAAGUAGUAUCAGUCUAGGGGGGGUGUGACCGUCACCCUUGAGGAAGUAUUCCAUGUCGUGUCCAUUGUGUGUGUUGACAUAGGAGUGGUAAAAAGGUGCUGUAAAUAGUACACGUGUAUUUGAACUCCAUGCCUCUCUCUCAGCAUUCCAUUGCAGAUAGUGAUGCUCUGAUCUUUUUCAUGUUUGUCUUUUCAUUCUCUUUCAAAAAGAAAUUCUCUUUCAGUUGGACAUCUUGGAAACUGUUAUUCCAUGUUUUUAGACACACUGAGAGAAAAAAAGAAAACAAAUCCAAUAAAACUGAGAAACUCUUCAUGAACUAACCCAGCCUCUACUUGCUUUUAUUGCUUUUGUCCUCUUGCAUUCUCUCAGCAUUGUAGCAAUAUUUAUAAUUUCUCUAAAUUGAUGACUAUCAAUAUUUGACUCCAGUGAUUGGUCUAUGUUGGGAGACUGACAUUUUUAAAAUCUGCUCUAUUAUGUCCAUAUUUUCCUCGAAACAGUGGGUGCCUUCAAAGCAGUCAAAAAGGCUGAUAAAGGUGUGCCGUACCUUUUUUAAAUGCUGCUUUUUACAAUUAAAAUACACAUCAGUACUCAGUAUCGAGUGGUGCAGGAGUUUUAAGCCUGCAGCAGUACCGUGUGCCUUGAAUAAUUCAGUGUCUCCACUUGUAAAACAUUCAUGUGACCUCCCAAGCACUUUUUUUCCCCACCACCAACUAUGAAAUUUUUACUUACUUGCAAGGAAUGUUUUCAACGCUCAUUUUAUAUUCAAGGAAAGACAGCGUGGGAUGAUAACAACUAACUGACAUGUUAUUAUUGCCUCUCUCACUGCAGGGGUUGCCAAAGGCAGCAGAAGGUUAAAAUCCUUACCACGGGAUAGAGUGACAUCUCCCGUGUUGAAGUCUUUCGCGAGUUUUCUCUCCUCGCAUCUC